AGCAUGGCGGUAGGAGGGAGCAGUAGGAGUUCCGUUGUCUCGCUUGUUUCCUCUUCAUGUUAGGUUUUAUUUUAAUGUCUAAUAGAGGUGCUUUUUUUAAUUCAACGUUGUACGUCUCUUAACAAAACCUUUAUUAGAAGAAAACUAUUUUUUAAAGGCGGAUACUCUAUUUAAGUGUUGUAGAUUCCAGGUCGCUUGCUAACUAGCAGGAAAGCAGAAAUUGGGGAGAUACGAGGCAACAAGAGGAGGAGUCGUGUUUUGGAAGAGCUGAUGCAGAUGCCAUGGCCACAGUCGAGGAAUGGGAGUGACGUGACAGCACUGGUCCCUGAGCAGCAUCAUGUUUUUCUGCUGAAGUAGAAGCAGAACUCAAAAGAGAAAUGGACGAGUCAAUGUUGUUGGAUUUACUCGAGUGUCCUGUUUGUUUGGAGCGCCUGGACGCCUCUGCAAAGGUUCUCCCCUGUCAGCACACCUUCUGCAGACGAUGCCUCCAAGGCAUCCUGGGCUCACGCGGAGAGCUGCGCUGCCCGGAGUGUCGCACGCUGGUGGAGUGUGCUGUGGAUGAACUCCCCAGCAACAUCCUUCUCGUGCGCUUGUUGGACGGCAUCAAGCAGAGACCUCGCAGGGCUGGUCCUGGAGCUGGAGUCUGCACAAAUGGUACUUCUGGAGCCGUGGCCAGAGCGCACAGCGGUGGGUCCAGGGACCAGGGCGCUCCUGGAGCACAGCCCCAGCGAGCUCAGGCAAAGAGCACCCUCGUCCGGGGUGUCCCACAGCUCCCUUGUGCCAAGGCGCUCUACAACUAUGAUGGCAAAGAGCCAGGAGACCUCAAGUUCACCAAGGGCGACGUUAUCAUCCUGCGACGGCAAGUGGACGAAAACUGGUACCACGGGGAGAUGGGCGGAGUCCACGGCUUCUUCCCCACCAACUUUGUGCAGGUCAUCAAGCCGCUUCCGCAACCGCCACCUCAGUGCAAAGCUCUGUAUGACUUUGAGCUCAAAGACAAGGAGGCGGACAAGGACUGUCUGCCUUUCUCCAAGGAUGAUAUCCUGACUGUGAUCCGCAGAGUGGAUGAAAACUGGGCAGAGGGAAUGCUGGGAGAUAAAAUUGGAAUUUUUCCCAUCUCAUAUGUUGAGUUCAACUCAGCAGCUCGUCAGCUUAUAGAGUUGGAUAAGCCGUCAGACUCCAACGGGGACUCGGGUGAGGGGGCGUCCUCGGGGCCCCAGAGCAACGGCGCUCAGCGGGCAGGAGAGAAGAAGAACAGCAAGAAGCGACAUUCCUUCACCUCUCUCACCAUGUCCCACAAACCCAUGCUAGCUCCUCCCCCCCAGCGACACUCCAUGGAGAUCAGCGGGCCGGUACUCAUCAGCUCCAGCAACCCCACAGCAGCAGCCCGAAUCGGAGAGAUCAGCGGGGGUCUUUCCUGCAGCGCACCUUCACAGGUCCACAUUUGCACAACGGGACUUAUCGUGACCCCGCCCCCUAGCAGUCCUGUUACUACAGCAACCGUCUUCACGUUUCCUUCGGAGACGAGCUAUACAUCUAUCCCUGUGGAUGCGCUCCCACCACCCCCACCUCCUCCCCCACAGCAGUCCUCUGCCGAUGGAGCAGCGUAUUCAUUGGCCGGUGGACAGAGGCCCUCCCCGAGCAUAAGCGACCAAAGUGGGAGACAAAGACCCACAGUGUAUGUGGCCAUGUUCCCCUACACUCCCCGCAAGGAGGAUGAGCUAGAACUGAGGAAGGGAGAGAUGUUUCUGGUGCUGGAACGCUGUCAGGACGGCUGGUUCAAGGGCACCUCCAUGCACACUGGCAAGAUCGGAGUCUUCCCUGGGAACUACAUGAGCCCAGUCAGCAGGACGGCGUCGGGCAGCACGCAGCCCAAAGUGACCAUGAGUCUGUGCACUCAGGCCGGCAGAGGUGUCACCAUCGUCAGUCCCUCUUCUGCUCCCCUCGGUGCGAUUGUUCCAGGUCCUGAUUUCAACAAACCGCUAACUGUGUGCUCCAGCGCUGGACCUGCCAACUCCCAGCCUGCAGCUGUGGUCACAGCAGCUCAAACAGCCACGGGUCAGCAGCCAAAAGUCCCUCUGCACGUCAACUCCCAGAUGACUGUGAACCAGGCCCGCAAUGCAGUCAGGACAGCUGCUUGUCACAGUCAGGACCGGCCCACGGCAGCAGUCACACCCAUCCAGUCUGCUACACCUGUGGCCUAUCUCCCGCACCUCGCAGUGUGCUCGCAGCCUUCUUCCUGCCCUGCCCAGGGCUGCAGCCGGUCUGGAGUGGCAAUGGGCUGCGCUGCUGCAUCUUUGACCCCACCCAACGUUAGCGCCGCAUCCCUGGAGGGUGACGGAUUGAGACCUGUACCUGUCCUCGCUGCGCCUGUGAACAGCUCUGGCCUCAAUCCUGCGUCUAACAGCGCCGCUCUUGCCUGCCGACUGGACAAGGACGUCAAGAGGGAAAAGAAAAGUCUACUGAAGCUGUUGUCCAAUAAGAAGAAGUCUCGUCCUUCACCGCCCUCCUCUCCCACACUGGAGGCGGAGCAGGCUGCUGCUGGAGAGGUGCUACAUGGUGCAGUGGGCCCUGAGACCUCCCCUUCCUCUGGCUCUGUCAGCUGCCACGAGACUGAACCUGCUGCUGCUGCUGUCGCUUCUGCCUCUUCGUCUUCCUCCUCAUCGUCAGCUCCAGACUCCUCCUCCCAUAGGAAGAGCAGCCCCCUUGAUGGAUGUGCACCCAUCGCUCCUCCUCCUCGGCAACCGUGCUCCUCUCUCUUAUCUCAGCAACAUGACGCACGGCCCAUCAUUUGUGAAAGGUACAGGGUGGUGGUAUCGUAUCCUCCCCAGAGCGAGGCCGAGCUGGAACUUAAGGAGGGCGACAUUGUGUUUGUUCACAGGAAGAGGGAGGACGGCUGGUUCAAAGGCACACUGCAGAGGAAUGGCAGGACGGGACUGUUCCCUGGCAGCUUUGUAGACAGCAUCUAACACUCACAACAGACAACAGUGAACCACGGUCACACUCACUAUGACCCCACUGACUGCUGCUAACCUCUCUACAGUUUGUUAUCGCACAAACCAAACCCAUCAGCACUCGAGAGGCUGCCUGGACAAGAGCCGUCGUUUUUGCAGAGAGUGCUGCUCAGAAGAACAGAACAUGUUAGCAUUGAAAGCACAGAAGGACAGAGUUAGAGGAAGGCACACUACUCAUGAACUUUUUCCUUUUUUGUUGGUUAUUUAUAUCUUUGUAACAAUUCAACUGUUAAAUGUGUGCCUUGUUCUGUCCCUCACUUUAUUGUACAUAAGGACACAAAGAUGAUUAGUCCUAAAACAACCAGUAUGAGCUGUCGAUAUAGAUAUAUUACGCAUUUUAACUUAUUGCAUAGACUGGCCUUUUUGUAGGUGGUGCAACUCAUUAAGGGGUUAAGCUGGCACAUGCCUUAUGCCAUUUCGUCGUUGUACUUUUCUCCCUCUGACUGCUGAUAAAAAAAAAAAACACGUUGCCAUCAUUUCAGUCUAGGAGUAGAAUAGGGCUGGGCAUUUUGUAAAAAAAAAAACAAAAAAACAACAACAAAUAUUUAGCAUGAUAAUUUGAUAACGCUGCCAGUUUCAGGAAUAUUCUUGUUUUUCAUAAACAUUUCAACAUUAUUCUUUGUUCUAGUAAUGUCAAUACAAACAAGUCUAAACAUAGAAUAAAAGCAGCUCAAAAAUUCUAAAGUGGGGGCUAAUAGCCGAGCUGCAGCUAACAUCAGCUUAGCCUGAUUUUAGAUAAGGUUUCCUUCAUUUUUGUAUUGUUCAUUGUUCAAGAGCAAAUUUAUCCACAGCGGUCUCCUUCAUUUUCACAUUUUAUAAACUUAUUAAAAAAACAACCUUAUAAAGCAGUUCCACAUGAUAGUCAGCGUUUCUGACAUACAGUAAGAAAGGGGCUGAGAGCAGAGCUGUCGAUAAAUGUUGCAAAAAUCUACCAUGGCUGUUUUCAUAUCUAGUAAAUUUCUCAAAAUUGAUCAAAUCUUUGAACAUAAAGGGAUCCCCCUGAGAGAUGGUCGUAUUGCCCAGCCCUAUAUAAGAUCUAUCAGAUACAGCAGAUCAAACAAUUGAGCAGUGUCAUCAUCACUUGAUACUUCUGCAGACCUGACAGCAUUACAUUGAUCUACAGUCUUGCACAAUUGAUGCUCUCUUGCUUCACAUCAUGUGAAAAUUGCACACAAAGCAAAAUAUCUCUCCUGGCCUCUAAGGGCCUCCAGUCUUUUUGUUUCUCCUGCUGUGUCUGAGGCUGAAGUGCCAAAAACUGUUACCUGCAGCGAUCAAAUAUUUGCAUGCGAGUAGCGAAGCCUUCUGCGGGAGAUGAAUUGAGGAUGGAUGUGUUGCAGGACUGUUUGAUUACGCCUUUUUAAUAUGCGGAAAACGCACUCCGAGAUAGACUUCACAGUCAGAUAUUGCUUACUUUGUACCUUCUUUGUAUUUACUGACCCGAGUAGUUUCUCUCCUGAACCCAGACGUAGCUCUGCAUCACAAGAGUGACAAAACAUUUCAGCAACAGUGCACAAUAGAUUCCCUAUCGGUGUAUAUUUAUGUUUAUUUACUGAUUCCACAGAGGUAGACGGCUAUUGCUCUCAGAAAAAACGAACCUGUUUUUUGUAUUUUGUACUCUAUAACUCAUUCCUAAUGUGACUUGUGGCAAUAAAAACACGGCUAGCUAAAGCACAGAAUGUUUGCCUAAAGGAACAUGUCGUCGUUUCACUCCACAGGAAGAGAUGUGUCGUGUAAAGAGAAGCUUUUUAUUGAAAUCAAUCACUUUAAGCCCCUUGAUUUUGUUUUUCUUGUUUUGGGGGUUUUGGUGUACAUUUCAUCGAUACAAAUUUUUCUCAAUCUUAAGUGUUGUAUUGACUUGAAUUACUGUGAGAUGUCUUUGUGGUUGGAGGGGGGUUUUGGUUGUAGUUUUGGUGCUUGUUAAACAUAAAGAUUAGGCAGUAAUAGAAUUAAUACUGUGGAGAAUAAAAAAAACAGAUCAAAUAUCUAAACUUAUAAUUUAUCCUUUCUUUAUGUAAUGUUUAAGAUACAUCAAAUAAAUGAAUUAAAUUCUCCAAAGAAAAAAAAAAUGAAAUUAUAAACUGACCCCGCGACACUUAAUGCAAUGUGACUUAAUCAUCUGAUCUUUAGCGAGUCCUUUGAGGUUUGAGGGGGGGGAUUUAAACCCUUUAAAGUUGAGGCGAAACCCUCCAAAUGUGGCUUGAGAAUGAACUUACUGACUGAAUUGAACCCAUAGUUUCAACAUUUGUUUUAGUCUUUUGUUGUUGAUGGAGGGGGACCACUGUGUAACUGACUGCUGGAAUCUAUUGUAGUUUGUUUGACAUAUGGAGAGAGUGUGGGAGAGGAUGGUACAAAUCACUGUUAGGGCCUUUUUUUUGUCUUCCUGAUUUGGUUCUUGUAUAGAAUUAACCUGAUAUGUUUCAUUGUUGUCUUGGCAAUCACCACACCAACCUCAGGCUCUGUGCUUAACUUUUCCUCUCUGUGUCUUUUCACUUCACUGUUAAGCCUUUAAUCAUCAAACUUAACUCCAACUCAGAUGUUACAUAUUUAUGCACUAUUAUAACGUUUGUAAUCGUACAUAUUGUUCAUGCAUAGGCUGCACAGAUCUUAAAACAUGAAGCAUUUUUUUUUUUUUUUAAAGGGAAUUCCAGUAUUUUCUGACCUGGACCCUCGUUUAAGUAAUUUGGGGUCUUAAUGACAAACAGGUGCAAAAAAAUGUGCAAUUGCUCAAGUAGGUUGUUUCAAAUCGCUGUCAAACAGGCUGUAAGGGAUGCAACAAAUCUUUUGAUCAAAAUGUGUAAACGUUUUUAGUUAUCUCACAGACUGAUUGUUACUGUAACUGUCUGACAACAUCGCUCCAUCAAUAGACUUCAUUGAUAAAGAGUGAGAUGCUUGUUUUCUAAACCAGACACGGCAGAAACAUCACUCUCCUCAAAGACACCUGACUUCACUGACAAAUACGGUGAUCUUACCUUGCAUAGCAUGGGAGUUGCUUAUCUACUGCUGCAGUGAUUUGUUUGUGAAACUCUUUGUGUUUCAAUGUUUCCAACAAAAACAGCACAAUAUCUUUUUAAUCUCACAAGCACAAAAAUCUUCCUUCUCAAGGCAGACACAGACCAGCGACUCCUGAGUUAUGCCAGGUAGAUUUACAGUUUUUGUCAAGGCAGUCUGGAGGCUUUGAAGGAGAGAGAUGUAAUAAUUGAUUCUGGUUUCAGAAAAAAAACAUUUUAUUCUACAACAAAAUGUCUAUUUAGAUCUUAUGGAUGGUCUUCAUGAUGUUCCCAGAAACAUAUAAACAUUAUUAAGCACGAUGUGAGACUGUUGAUGGCAAAAACAAGUGAUGUCAUGGACAUGUUUUAAGGUCAUAUUUCCCCCAAAGGUUGAGACGCGUUCUUACAGCCUGUUUCACAGCUGGAUGAUGAAGCAAUCCACUCGGGUCAUUUCAGAUCUUUUAACCCAUGAGUCAUUUAAAACCAAAAAGUGUAAGAAAAUGAGGCCCAGAUUAAAAAACAUUGGAGCUCCCUUUUUAACCGUUAAUUAUAUUUUCUCUUAUUGGGACGGAUGGUGACUGAAGUUUGCCUGAUUCAUCUUAACAGAUUUUCCUCAUGCCAAGGUGACUUACUUGAUUUUUUUUUUGUGUGUGUGUCCGUAGUUAGUCUGUUGUACGUCUGAAAAUGGUGAAACUGAAAUCAACUUAUUUGGCACAAGUCUCUUAUGUGAAAAACAUUCUGAAGUAUUUGAGGGAAUAGCACAUUUUGUUAAAAUCGCUAUAACAAUAAAAGCUAAUGGUUUCCA